AUGAGCUGUGGGCGGUGGCAGGAGUAUGCGCGUGGAGGAACAGAUGUGCUUGUUUGCUGUGCCGGAGUGCGCAGGGGGUUGCUCUGCCUGCCCUUGUCGCGCCCCUCCCCGCCUCCACGGCGAGGCGAGCCCCUAACACACCACUUUGCCUGUUUGCCGCCCCACAAUACGAAGCAUAUGCACAUACGGCGCCAAGCGUCCGAAGGAUCUCCCAAGGCCACCCGCGUGAAGCGGCAUCCCCGAAUGCGGGCCGAUGCGACGGGCGCCUCCCCCCUGUGUCCUCGCAAGCGGCGUGUCUCGCCUGCACCUACCCACACACUCUUCUCCUCUUCCACGCCUCUCUCGCCCUCCACCGUCCCCGCGUGCUCUGACGAAUCCCUCAAGAAGCAUUUCGUCUGCCGCUCCUCCCGCUCUGGGACGUCACACUACCACCAUUGCAGCGUCGACAUGGGCAGCUUUUCUUCGCCAAUGUGGGUGCGGCGCUACGUGCUCAACUUCAAUGCCGCGGCGCUGGUGCUGCUAGCGGUGCAGAACGCCGGGUAUCUAGUCCUGAUAAGCUAUUCGCAGCAGCAGGGGAAAGAGUACCAGCUGCCUGCUGGCGGUGCAGAAGCGGAGGAAGAGGAGGGGCGUACGGUCACCUUCAAGGCUUCGCACUUUCUCGCGGCGACGGAAUUGGUGAAGCUCUUUCUAUCGUUCCUGUGGUGCGUCGUGGACGAAGCUCGGGCAAUGCAGCAGGAGCGCUGUUCUGCCGGCGCAGUCGCGACACCAACGGCGGCGUUGCCGGUUGAGGAUUCCGGGCGGUGCAGCAUCGCACCAUUUGCCGAGACGCCCAAGUCCGUCGCGGGUGCCUCGUGUCAUCUCUCGCACAAUCUCGACGACGCCGCAGACAACAUGGACGCUGAAUAUUUCGAUCACGCGGUCCCGCUGCGGUUUCUCUUUUCCCGAAAGAGGUUCGCUGCUGUAUUUCUGAGCCGCAUGCGCCAUGCCCUCGGGCUGGAUCACAAGUACAAAGAGGCGCUGCUCAUGAUUGUGCCCGCCAUUGUCUACGCUAUCCAGGGGCUGCUGCUCAUCUACUCCCUCAAGCUGUUGGACCCAACCGUGUUUCAGGUCCUGUAUCAGGUGCGCAUCCUCUUCCUGGCAGUCAUGAUGCGGGUCGUGCUGGACUUCCGUCUCUCGCCCAUCCGGUGGGGCGCCCUGGUGGCGCUGAUGUUUGGUAUCACACUGGCACAGAUGGGUGCGCAGAGCACGCGAGCGGAUAUGACAACCAGUAAAGCAGAUGACGCUGCACGAUCAGAGAUGGAGAUCGCUGCGGCAACCGAAAAGACCUCCAGCACGUGGUCAAUGGAGGGUACACUGGCGGCGCUCGCUGGCGGCUUCCUGAGCGCGUUCUCCGGUGUGUUCAUGGAGUUCGUGGUGAAGAAGCGCGGCAACCAGUUCCACCUGUCAGCGCGCAACAUCCAUCUCGCGUUCUUCUCGGUCGUGUACUUCUUUAUUGUCUUCCUGUGCGAGGUCUUCCAGCCGGAAGAGGGGGGAGGCGGGCUUGAUGAGUUCGCGAGCACGUUCUUCGACGGCUUUACCAGGCUGGUGUGGUUUCUGGUGGUCCUGCAGGCGAUUGGCGGGAUUCUCGUGGCUCUGGUGGUGCGCUACUGCGACAACAUCGUAAAGUCGUUCUCCACGGCGUUCGCGAUUGUGCUGAGCGGCACGGCGUCCGUGUUUCUGUUGCACACGCCGCUGAACGGGACGUUUCUGCUGGGCUCCUUCCUUGUGAUGACCUCCAUCACCAUGUACACCGCGAAGAAGUAA